CCUUUUUGCCUACUGGUAAUAACGUUACUGUGACAAACAUAAACACUCCAAAUCUCCACACAACUAUUUUUCCAUGAUGAUAAUAUUGUUCGGUAAUAAAAAUUUACAUUUCAAGCAAAAUUUAUUGUACUCGCAACCAAAAUAACUGUAACAAAAGGCGAGAUAUGAACGUGAACGGUAAGACAAUGGAAUCAUAUAGAAGCUAUUUAUCUCGACCGGCUUUUGCGAGGGCGCCUAUUGAUGCCAUCUCGUCCACUCGAAACGUUAUGAGUUUCUUGUAUGCAAUAAAUGUCUACAAAUUUUAAAUCAAACUAAUUAAUAGCAUAAGCAAUUGCCUAUCUGCUUACGCUUGUAGAGGACGUUACUAAAAAAUAAGUAAUAUGUUACCUGACGGUGGAUAAGGGGUUUGAUUCAAAUAUGUUCUUUUGGUUCUUUCCUUCCCAGACGGACUAUACCAACGCGCCGGUUCUUUUAUGGUUGCAAGGUGGACCAGGAGCAUCUAGUUUAAUUGGCCUUUUUGCAGAACAUGGCCCAUUUAUAGUCAAGCCGAAACAUGGUUUAAAACUAAGACCUUAUGCUUGGACUAAAACCCAUUCUGUUUUAUAUAUUGACAACCCUGUGGGCACAGGUUACAGUUUUACAAACAAAGGAAAUGCACAAAAUGAAACCAAAGUGGGUAAUGAUUUGUAUGCGGCUCUGCUGCAGUUUUUCACUUUGUUUCCAGAAUUACAGAAAAAUAAUUUCUUUGUGGCAGGUGAGUCCUAUGCAGGGAAAUAUGUACCUGCAAUUGCAUAUACCAUACACCAAAAUAAUCCAUCUGCCAAAAUUAAAAUAAAUCUGCAAGGAUUAAGUAUUGGUAAUGGUUUGUGUGAUCCAGAACAUCAACUCAAAUAUGGGGACUAUUUGUAUCAAAUUGGUCUCAUUGAUUUGAACACCCAACAAUUAGUGAAAAAUUUUGAGCAACAAGGAAUUAAAUAUAUUCAGAACAAAGAUUUUGCCAAAGCUUUUGAGGUAUUUGACUCAUUGCUUAAUGGUGAUAUGAACAACCACUCUUCAGUGUUUAAAAAUUCUACUGGUUUCGACAACUACUUCAAUUUUCUAUACCCUAUAGAUCCCAAUGACGCCGAGAUAAAGCUCCUAGGUGCUUAUGUGCAAAGGAAUGAUAUAAGAGCUGCUAUUCAUGUUGGGAAUACUACUUUUAAUGGAAUUGCACAAGAUGUUGAAACCAAUUUAUUGACAGAUGUGAUGCAAAGUGUAGCUCCCUGGAUAUCUGAUCUUUUAGAAAGCUACCGUGUGUUAAUCUAUAAUGGCCAAUUGGAUAUUAUUGUUGCGUAUCCACUAACAGUAAAUUUUCUACAAAAUUUAAAGUUUAGUGGUGCUGAUCAAUAUAAAACUGCAAAGAGAUUAAAAUGGUUUGUUGCUGGUGAAAUUGCAGGUUAUGUGAAACAGGCGGGCAAUUUAACAGAGAUCUUAGUGAGAGAUGCCGGACACAUGGUUCCAGCUGAUCAACCUCAAUGGGCAUUUGAUAUGAUAUCAAGGUUUACUAGAAACAAACCAUUCCAAAAAAGUCAAUAGAAAAACCAUGAUAUUAAAUUUUCAUUUAAAUUGAAAUGUAAUUUGCUCUCUAUUUACUCUUAUAAAAUGACCAAAAUAUAUUUUUUAAGUAAUUCUGGUCUCCUUUCAUACUCAUGUGAAAUCUUGU